AUAGGGUAUGUUUUUAUGUUUAUUUGAUGAUCCAAACGGAAGCCUUUCAUUCUUCCUUUUUUCACUCUUCUCUCCUCUAAUCUCACUAUCCCUACCUCUCUUUACUCUCCGCUCGUACAUUUAGCCAAAAAAAAACCCCAUAAAAUCUUUGACCAGAAAAAAUGGAUUAAAAGUGAAGAUGCACUUAGAAAUCUUUCAAGAAAAACUGAAUUUGAAUUAAGAAAAGUGGCAAAAGAGCCAAAAGGGUUUAGAGGGCGUAUGCAUUUGUCCAAGCAAUCAAUUAUUUUGGUGAUUUUAGAGUAUUGGGUCUGCUUCAAAACGGAGGUUAAGGACUGACUUUGAAAUAUUAGAUUUAUUUAACCAUUUAUUUUCUUUGGAGGAUUUUGUUGGAGGGGGUUUCUGAUGGGGAGCACCGAUGAGCCCAACAUAAGGGACAUUGAUGCGUCGGUGGGUGGCUUGGUUUGGGUCCGACGCAGAAACGGUUCUUGGUGGCCGGGUCGGAUUAUGGGCCUUGAUGAGCUCUCCGAGGGUUGUUUGGUUUCUCCAAGAUCCGGCACCCCUGUUAAGCUUCUUGGUCGCAAAGAUGCAAGCGUGGACUGGUAUAAUCUUGAAAAGUCUAAGAGGGUGAAGGCCUUCCGUUGUGGAGAAUAUAAUGAAUGUAUUGAGAAAGCAAAGGCUUCUGCAGCAAAUUCUAACAAGAGAGCAGUUAAAUAUGCUCGAAGAGAAGAUGCUAUUCUUCAUGCUCUUGAAAUUGAGAGUGCACGUUUAGGCAAGGAUCAUCCAGAUUAUUUCUCUAGAAAAGAUAAUUCUGGUGGUGACAAGGGGAGUUUGGCCAGAGAAUCACCCACCGUGUCACAUUCUGGGAAAGAAAAUGACAUGUCUGAUGAAAUGAGUGGAUCUGAGGAUGCUUCAGAUUCAGCUCCAGAAUUAUCUCAGUCUGGGAUAUCCUUUGAAGAGCCAAAUAAUAUUAAUGGUACUAAGGGGCACUCUAAGAUGACAAAGAGAAGAAAAACCCCAAAUGAUUCCGAGGAUGAUGGAUCGGAAAGAAUCAAGCGCAUGAGAGGACUUGAGGAUCUAGGUAUGGGUGUAGGAUCAAAAAGAAAAGCCCAGGCUGCAGAUGCACUUGAGAUAGUUCAGCAAUAUAGUUCUUUAUUUUAUGAAUCAAAUGCUGGAAGUUUCCUUUUUAAUGGAGAUUCCAUAAAUGGUAGCAGAAAUCAUUCAUCAUCAGUGAAAAGAAAGAGAUCUCAGGUGGCAAAUGUUCAUGAAUUCCUCAAAAGAAAAAACCGUCGUAGACCAUUAACCAAGGUUUUGGAGAGUACAGCUAUUGUGUCAGUUCCAGUUGUUUGUGAUGAACUUACAAGCUCAAGUGGUUCACCCCGUUGGGGACUUUCUGACAGCAAGAUUUCAGGAAUUGAUUCUAAUGAAUCACGCAAGAUUUGAGUUGGUUCAAUUAAGUCAUGUUUUUUUUUGGUGGUGCAUUGAUUACUGCAAUUAGCAGUAACUUCUUGAAUGAUUUCAGUAUUUAGUGCUGGAAUUAGUUAGAAGAGGUGUGUAUGUUUGAACUUGAGGCUUGUUGUUGAUGGUAAGGUGUGGAAACAUCUGCUAGGAAGUUAUUAUAAAGCAAAAUGAAGAAACACUCUCAAUGUCGCUUGUUUGAU